AUGAACCACUCUGGGGGCGCGGGGCCGGGGUCGGAAGUCAAUGCCUCCUUUCCGGCACUGAACGAGUCCUCCUGCCAAGGGGCUGGGGCUGGGAACGGCUGUGCCAACAGCUCCGGGCCGUCUGGGCCUCCGCGCCUCGUGGACGCCUGGCUGGUGCCGCUCUUCUUCGCUGCCCUCCUGGUAGUGGGAUUGGCGGGCAACUCACUAGUCAUCUACGUGAUCUCUAAGCACAAGCAGAUGAGGACCGUCACCAACUUCUACAUCGCCAACUUGGCAGCCACAGACAUUAUCUUCCUGGUAUGCUGCGUGCCCUUCACGGCUAUGCUCUAUCCCCUUCCCAGCUGGGUCUUUGGAGAGUUCAUGUGUAAGUUUGUCAGCUACAUCCAGCAGGUGUCCGUCCAGGCUACUUGUGUUACCUUGACAGCCAUGAGUGUGGACCGUUGGUACGUCACCGUGUUCCCCCUCCGUUCCCUACGCUACCGUACCCUCCGGCUGGCCUUUGCUGUGAGCCUGGGCAUCUGGGUGGGGUCCUUCCUGGUGUCCAUCCCUGUGCCCAUGUACAACCGCCUCACCGAGGGCUACUGGUUUGGGCCACAGACAUACUGCAUCGAGGUGUUCCCGUCUGUGACCCACGAGCGCGCCUUCAUCCUGUACAACUUUCUGGCCGUCUACCUGUUGCCUCUGCUGACUCUCUGUGUCUGCUACGCUGCCAUGUUGUACCAGAUGGGACGGCCCACUGUCGAGCCAGUGGCUGACAAUAACUACCAGGUGCAACUGCUCGCAGAACGUUCGGAGGCCACGCGGGCUCGGGUGUCUCGCCUGGUGGCCGCUAUCGUGCUGCUUUUUGCUGUGUGCUGGGGCCCCAUCCAGCUCUACAUCCUCCUCCAGACCUUUAGUCCCGGCUUUCAACGCGACUUUGCUGCCUACAAGGUGAAGAUCUGGGCGCACUGCAUGUCCUACAGUAACUCCUCCCUCAACCCCGUGCUUUAUGCCUUCCUGGGAGCCAACUUCCGCAAGGCCUUCCAUAAGAUCUGUCCUCUGGCUGGGCGUGUGGGCAGUGCCAGUGUCCCCAGCGCCAACCUCCAUACCGAGCUGCACUUUGUGUCCCCUGGACCCCCAGCCUCGCUCCACCAGCCCCAGCCAGAGGGAGAGGUCCCAGCCCCAGUGGUCCAGUGAGGCCCGAUGGUCUGCUAGCAUUGCUUUGGAGAAGGGCAGCCCCACCCUGGAACCAACCACUCACUCACUACAUAGGCCUUGAGCCUCCUGACUGAUAGACUCUCUGCCAGAGGCCGUAGGACAGACAGCCAAGGAUCUUGGCCUCAGAGAAUUCCCAGUCUAGUAGGAGAGACAAGAUUCACUUAAAGGAAAUCAGAACAGGACGGCCCCUAUCCAGUACUAGGGGGUUGGUUCAGAUUCUAAAGCCUAGAACUGCAGAGCUGGGAGGAAGGAGCCUUGGAAACCACUUAACUCACCUUUUCUCCCCAAUUGCAAAUGCCCCUCACUCUGCUCCCAUUACUUGGCAUAUAUUUUUGUAUUUACGUCUCUGUGUUAAUAUUGUU